AUGGAUAGAGACGCGUCUCCCCCUCUCACGGCAGCCAUACUUGUCGUCUCGACGACUGCGGCUCAAGGCCUCUCGACAGAUGCAUCGAGUGCGAUUCUCCGCCAAGUCCUGAGCGAAGACGGCGGCGGGAAAUGGCAAGUGUCCCACGAGGCCAUUGUCCCCGACGAUGUGCUGCUGAUACAGAAGCACGUCCUGGCCUGGGCCGCCGACCCCAACCCGCCCCAUCUCAUCGUGACGACGGGCGGCACUGGCUUCGCGACGGCCGACGGAACCCCAGAGGCCAUCGCUCCGUUGCUCCAUAAGCAGGCCCCGGGCUUGGUACAGGCCAUGCUGGCCGCUUCCCUCUCCGUGACGCCGUUCGCCAUGAUGUCGCGACCAGUUGCCGGGGUGCGGCAUAGAUCCGUCAUUGUGACGUUGCCAGGCUCUCCCAAGGGCGCCAAGGAGAACCUCCAGGCCAUCAUCAAGACGCUCCCACACGCAUGCCUUCAAGUCUGCGGGGCCGACUCGCGAGCUUUGCAUGCUGGAGGCGUCAAGAAGCUUGAAGCUGACGCAGGCAUACAAGGGGGAUCGCGGCCCCCCGAGCAUGCCUCGGGGCAUGAUCACCACCACCACCACCAUGGCCAUGGACACGGAGUGCUUGUAAGGCACACAAGCCAAGCGCUCUCCAACGAUCCACAACUGGGACCCACGCGAAGGCAUCGUGAAUCCCCCUACCCCAUGCUAUCCGUCGACGACGCUCUUGCUCUCAUUGCCGAGCAUACGCCUGGCCCCGAGGUCGUUGCACGAAGCGUGGAUGAGAAACUCGUAGGCUCGGUCCUGGCUGAAGCUGUGAGGGCUCAGGAAGAUGUCCCGGCCUUUAGGGCGAGCAUCGUGGAUGGCUACGCCGCUGUCGUCCCCAAGGGCGGCAACAUGACGGGGGCGUUUCCGGUGACGGCCGUCUCGCACGCGACCCCCGGCCAGGUGAAGCCACUCAAGGAGGGCGAGGUUGCGAGGAUUACGACAGGCGCUCCCUUGCCUCCUGGCGCCGCGUCUGUCAUCAUGGUCGAGGACACGAUUCUCAAGGCUAUGACGGACGACGGGACGGAGGAGCGGGAGAUUGAGAUGCAGGCCGAUGGUGUCAAGGAGGGCGAGAACGUACGGGAAGUCGGGAGCGACAUCCAGAAAGACUCGGUCAUCCUUGACCGGGGUGAGCAGAUUACCGGCGUGGGCGGCGAGAUUGGCCUACUUGCCGCGGUCGGGGUGGCAGAAGUCAAGGUGUUCAGACGGCCCGUCAUCGGUGUCCUGUCCACGGGAGACGAAAUCAUCGAGCACAGCAGGCCGGGCCCGCUGAGGCUGGGCGAGGUCCGCGACACGAACCGCAUCACCCUCAUAUCUGCCGUCAGGGAAUGGGGGUUCGACGUGGUCGACCUGGGCAUCGCCAAGGACACGCCCGGCACGCUGGAGGAGACGCUGCGCAGCGGGCUGCGGCAGGCCGACGUGCUCGUUACGACCGGUGGCGUCUCCAUGGGCGAGCUGGACCUGCUCAAGCCGACGGUCGAGCGCGCCCUGGGCGGGACCAUUCACUUUGGCAGGGUCGCCAUGAAGCCCGGCAAGCCGACGACGUUUGCAACAGUGCCCGUCAAGGACAACGCCGGGCGCCGCGUCUCAAAGGCCGUCUUCUCCCUGCCCGGCAACCCGGCGUCGGCGCUGGUGACGUUCCACCUCUUCGUCCUGCCGUCCCUGCACAAGCAGUCCGGCAUCUCGCCUGCCGGCCUGCCCAGGGUGCCCGUGGUGUUGGCCCACGAAUUCCCCAUAGACCCGCGUCCAGAGUACCACCGCGCGGUGGUGACGGUCGGAGCGGAUGGGCAGUUGACGGCGGGCAGCACCGGCGGGCAGCGCAGCUCCAAAGUCGGCAGCCUCAGGUCGGCCAACGCCUUGGUCUGCAUGCCCAGCGGCAAGGGCAAGUUGGAAAAGGGCACCCGAGUCGACGCUCUGCUGAUGAGUACGAUAAGAGGAGCGUGA